UUGUAUAAAUGUAAGACCCUUAAUCAGAUUGGUAUCCCAUAAAAUUAAAUGGCCUUCUCGGUUCUCCACUUGUUUGGCCUUUACCUUGUCGUCCAACCAUUUUGUGUAGCUGCUGCUGCUGCUGAUCAAACUGCAAAUAUAAGCUUGGGGUCGUCCCUAACUGCAUCAGACAACUCUAAAUCGUGGCAUUCUCCCUCCGGGGAAUUUGCGUUUGGAUUUCGCCGGAUUGGUGAUCAGGACCUCUUCUUGCUUGCCAUAUGGUAUGACAAGAUACCAGAAAAGACUAUUGUUUGGUACGCAAAUGGAGACAAUCCAGCACCAAAAGGAUCCAAAGUGGAGCUCACAAAGGAUGGUCAUUUCAGGCUCACUAGCCCUCGGAAAGAAGAAAUCUGGUCCCAGCCUGUUAUUAGUGGAGUUGCUAAUUAUGCUGCCAUGCUUGACUCAGGCAACUUUGUUCUUUCAAACCAGAAUUCAUCAGCUCCUUUAUGGCAGAGCUUCAAAGACCCCAGAGACACCAUUUUACCAACCCAAGUUUUGGAAAUUGGAGAAAAGCUAUCUUCCAGGCAGACUGCCACCAACUACUCAAAGGGCCAGUUUCAACUCCAAUUUAAACAAGCCGGUACUCUUGAGCUGUAUCUCAUAGCCUUGCCUACAGAGCAAGCAUAUUCAUCAUACUACAUAAGCAAAACAUCGGAUGCAGCUGAUCCAAUGAACUCUGGUUAUCAGCUAGCCUUCAAUGAGUCAGGUCAAGUCAAUGUUGUUCUGAGGAAUGGAAAUAUAGUAACCCUCUCAAACAAAACAGCAUCCCCAUCAAGAGAUUACUAUUUCAGAGCAACACUAGAUUCCGAUGGGCUUUUUACCCAAUACGCUCAUUCGAAGUCCCCAAAAAAUGGGAAUUGGACACCCUGGAUUUCUCUGUGGUCUAUCCCAGAAAAUAUUUGCUCGGAUUCAACUGGAAACGAGGGCGGCGGGCCAUGUGGAUAUAACCACUACAAGAAAACUACUUUUCUUGUAGUGAACAGUUACUGCAGACUUGAUGCAAACACAAGGCCAAUUUGUGAAUGCGUUCCUGGCUUUUCUCCUUUAGAUCCCGAAUAUAAGUUGCGCGGCUGCAAACAAGACAGGAUAAACAGUUGUGAACCACAAGAUGUGUAUGUGAUCCGUGAGCUACAAAGUACUUUCUGGCCCACUUCUGUAAACUAUGAAGAUUUGCGGGGACUCAGUGAAGAUAAUUGUAGCAGAAACUGCCUCGACGAUUGUAACUGUGUCGUGGCUGUUAUAUUCGAUGGGGGCUGCAAGAAGAAGAAACUGCCACUCUCGAAUGGAAAGGUAGACUGGAAUAUGUACGGCAAGGCUCUCGUCAAAGUACCAAAAUCUGCUGAUGCUUUUGAGAAUCCUGCAUCUCGAGAUUCAAGCGCAGAAAAGAAAGAUCAGAAAACUCUCGUCUUAGUAGGAGUACUCCUUCUAGGUAGCUCUGUGUUUCUCAACUUCUUAUUUGUUGCAGCAAUUGCUUUGCUUAUUUUCUACACAUACCGAAAAACACAUGGGGUUAUCACUAGCACAUCAAGUAUUAUGGACGGAAAUCUACGCGCUUUUACUUACAAAGAGCUCGAAGAAGCCACAGAUGGUUUCAGAGAACAACUUGGAAGAGGGGCUUUUGGCACUGUGUACAAGGGAAUCAUAUCAUCUAUAAGCUCAACAAACUAUGUGGCAAUCAAGAAGUUGGACAAGGUGGCACAACAAGGUGAAAAGGAAUUCAAAGCAGAAGCGAGUGCAAUAGCCAAGACCCAUCACAAAAACCUCGUCAGAUUGCUCGGCUUUUGUGAUGAAGGGGAAAAUAAACUCCUAGUCUAUGAGUUUAUGAGCAAUGGAACACUGGCUAGCUUUCUGUUUGGGAUUUCAAGGCCUGAUUGGAACAAACGGAUCCAAAUUGCGUUUGGUAUUGCCAGAGGGCUAAUGUACUUACACGAGGAGUGUAGCACUCAGAUCAUCCACUGUGAUAUCAAACCCCCCAACAUACUUCUCGAUGAUUCAUUUACAGCAAGGAUUUCGGAUUUCGGAUUGGCAAAGCUUCUGCUAAGUGAUCAAACUCUGACUCAUACAGUCAUUAGAGGGACCAGAGGGUAUGUUGCACCAGAAUGGUUCAGAAAUACUCCAGUUACUGCAAAGGUUGAUGUUUACAGUUAUGGGGUGAUGCUGUUGGAGAUUAUCUGUUGCAGGAGGAGCCUCGAAAUGGAAAGGGAAAAUGAAGAAGAGGUGAUACUAACUGACUGGGUUUACGAUUGCUACACGCAAAGGAGAUUAAACAAGAUGAUCGAGGAUGAUGAGGAGGCCAGAAAUGACAUGAAAAGGUUGGAGAGGCUAGUAAUGGUGGCAAUUUGGUGCAUACAAGAGGAUCCAUCUUUGAGACCCACCAUGAAGAAGGUUACACAAAUGCUCGAAGGAGUGGUUGAUGUAUCUGUACCUCCAAGUCCUUCUCCUUUUAGUUCAAUUUGCUGAAACUUACUGUAUUUCUUCACUACUGAUUAAGUAAGGUCUGUAUAAGUUUAACAAUUCAUUCUACAAGUUUAUGUUGCGCCAACGGCUAAUCAAAGUAGCUGGUCUUUCGAGAUCAAAAUAUUAAUUCAACAGUUUUUACAAUUUAUGUACA